UAUUUACUUGGCUACUUGCGGAGAGCUUGAGGUGGAGCUCAGGCAAGUAGCAAUGGCGCUUUCAUCGUCUACAACUCUAUCUCCGUUCACUGUGAACGUAACCACGGACUUCCUCGGCUCAUCUUCAACCUCUCUUCCUCGCUUCAAUUUCAUCUCCAGACCAUGCACCAAUCGCCGGCCUUCACCUCUCAUCGUCCUUUCCUCAAAGUCCGGCGAUCGAGCUUGGAACGAGGCCAAGCGACAGUUGAUGGAGCAGUACGGCUUCGACCCCGACGUCGCCUUGACUGAGCCGACUCGGAAGGGAAAGAAGAAGAAGAGCAGUACUGAGCUACAGGAGGCCUCACAGGCUGAGCCUAAGCCCAAGAGAACUACACAUAAGUUGCUUCAGGUGCUUGGAGGAAAGGCUCGUAGAAUGAAGUUGCUGUCUCCAAAGGGUAUGGAUGUACGACCAAUGAUGGAGGUCGUGAAAGGUGCAGCCUUUGAUAUCCUGCAGGCUGCAGGUGGCUGUCCUGCAUCUUUAAGGCCUGGCCGUUGGUUAGACUUGUACAGUGGUACUGGAUCUGUUGGAAUUGAAGCUAUUAGCCGAGGAUGUUCUGAGGUGCAUUUUGUUGAGAUGGAUCCGUGGGUGGUUUCGGAGGUUCUACGUCCAAACUUGGAAUGGACUGGAUUUCUUGAUGUUUCAGUUAUACAUGCUGUGCGUGUUGAAAAGUUCAUAGAACGUGCAGAGAAACUUGCUGGUAAAGAACCUUUUGAUUACAUUAGUGUUACCCCUCCGUAUACACAAGUUGACUAUGCAGUACUGAUGGAUCAAAUAUCAAACUCGGCAUUAGUUGGAGAAAAUACCUUUAUAGUGGUUGAGUAUGCAACAAGGACCGACAUGCUUGAUUCAUGUGGAUGUCUUCUGAAGAUAACCGAUCGGCGGUUUGGCAGGACACACUUGGCUAUUUAUGGACCUAAGUGGGCCCAGAAGAAGAAGAAGUUAGAAAAGUCACUACGGGGAGUAGCAGUAGAACUGUAGAAGUUGGACACAAGUCUUGAAAUAGGAAGGAAACUGAAAUCUGGAAUUAAGAUAACUUUGCAGAGGGGGCAAUGACACAUUCUCUAAUGCCAUGUUGAGAGAAUGAAAUAUUUUCCCCCAUUAACUUUGAGUCUUGUUGGAGGCUCGCAGCAGCUCUACUGCAUGGUAGCCUUCGGAGGCUUCGCUAGUACAUUAGAGUUUUGUAGCUGAUCAACAAUUGUUAGAAGAGAAGUCAAACUUUUUAAUGUUAUAGACUUAAAGCUGAGUUUUGUCAAAAUGUAAGGUAUCUAAAACUGAUUUUGUGUACAUAUAUUAAUAUAUUGGUUGAGAGUUAAUUUUUGCUGA